AAUAGGAAUAGCUGGGUCGUUUAUGUAGCAAAAAAUUACAAUUAUAACAGGUCGUUUGCAUUCUAGUUACUUGUGGCGCAGGCCAGAUAUCCGUAUUCCAACCAAACGGAGAGUUCGCUCCGUUCUACUUUAUGAUCGCGAAACAUGACAAUUAAGAGUAGAGGAUAUUCGAAGGUUACUGGUAUUCGAUCAUAGUGUCUUCGAAAGCAUUGCCCGUGUAUUUUUGGGAUACAACAAGCAAUCCCUGGGUUAAGAAUAGAGCACUAGAAAAAUACGAUAAAUCGAUUGAUGUGGUAUUCAGUCUCCACCAAAUAAGGUGGCUGGAGCAUGUUUUACGUAUGCCCAACCACCACCUUCCUCGAAGGGAAAAGUUGUCUGGUGUAGCAGUAAAUUGGAAAAAAGCUAGGCAAACCAAAACAUGGAAUGAGUCCAUGAAGUCAUUGACAAUUGGACUAAACCAUGCUAACAGGUGUAAAAUACCUGAUUGUGGUCCGCGUGAUUGUCGUAACCAAUGUUUAGAGACUUUGAAUGACAUGGCUUAAAACAUUUAGUCAUGGUGCAAAUGCAUCCAUUAUUUGUCUUUCCCCUAAUUCUGAACUUCUGAAUUCCUCACUACGUUUUUUAUUUCACUAAUUUGUAUUGUCUUCUCGGUUCGUAUUUUCGAUCCUUAGUCUUUUGUAUUACUGUUGUCGCUUAAAAGUUUUGGGAUUCUGGUAUUCGGCUUGAAAAUUUCACCUCUCUGUGCUGGUGGGGUAUGACAAUUUGGGCCAAUGUACAUACAUAUAGGUUCUAUGUGAUUGACUGGUUGACUGCUAGUCUACUAAUUAUAAAUGUUUACAAUGAUCUAAACUGUUAGCAGAUAUUAAAUUUUGUGUGAGACCAACGAUUCAUUAUCUUGUUAACAUAGCAAAAAAUAAGUGUGAGAACAUUCUUGUUACGGAAAUGCAAUACGUUCUCACCAUUAGUUAUUCAUUCUCAAACCCUUUUACUUGUACUUUUUUAUGGUUGAUAUAUUUACCUGUGUUGUCUUAAGAUGAUUUCAUGUUUCUUCUUCCCAUCACUGAACAUUUUUUUGCUGUUAGUGUAUGCGGCUUCCAGUGUUUACAGAGUGUGUUAAAAGCCAAAUACGUUAAAUCUGAAUUAUAUCAUCCUCAUAUGGAUAUUACUUAGUUGUUUUUAUUGGUAUUUAUUUCUUUGCUUUGAUUACUGAAUAGCUAAGCUUUGCACAAUAUUUGAGCCUGUGACGUUUAUUCAAGUCCUUAGUGAUUUAAGUUCGGACCACCAAUUUUUGUUACAUCUUCCACUGCAUCCAACCAAAUUUCGAAUGGAUCUAAUGACAUUUAAAGACAAUAUUAGUAGUUAGUAGAUUUAUCUCCUAAAACAACAAUUAAUCUUGUGCAAAUAUUGAUUUGGUAUUUUAUGAUCAAUCAUAGGAGUUUGCAUUUUCUCCUUAUAAUCUUCAGCGCUAAACUAAUAUUUGUCCCCAUGCGGCUCCUCAAACGGAUGCCUUGCUGUUGUCUACUUUGAUCGCUUCUUUAAUAGCAGAUGAGAGUGGAGGCCAGGACUUGUGUUUCGUCACAUUAGUUUCAGGUCAUUUGGGCGUUCGUGCAACCCAGUGUUGAUAUUCAUACUUGGACUUAAACCUAGUAUCUAUAACUCCAAACGUCAAAACCGUGUGAAAACCAACGCUAGAAUUCAGGCACAUUUAGAUAACAAGUCCUUAAACAAAUUAAAUGGACUUUCUGCAUCCUAAUGCUUUCGAGAUAUAAGGACUAAGGGUUUGCACGAUGAUUGUGUCUAUUUUUAAAUUUCAUUUUAUUAGCUGUCGUGUAAGAACGCAUAAAUAUUUAUAAAAAGUUAUAAUGGGCACUUAAUUAUCGAAAACUUGUAAUAAUAUAAACGCCCAGGCCAUCUUGAGCGGAUUUCAUUUUUCGUUCUGAGCUUACCAAGCAAAUAAUAUCCAGAAAUCACCUAUUUUUUAUGCAAUUGGAAUACUUAGCCUUUUUUUAAACAAUAGACCUUCAAGAUUGUUGAUUAAUUAGAGAAUCAUUUUGGUGAGGGUAAAGUUCUAAACAUUAGAUAAAUGCAGACAGACUUAACCUUUAAAUCUUAGCCUUGCUACAAUAUCUGUCAUCAGUUUUCAUAUUGAAAGCCUACUUCCGAACUAUUUGUCACUCAGUUUAUGUGCUUAAAAUAUUUUUCUCACGGUUUUGCAAUUUCAAUUAGGGUAAAUAACUAGUUUGCACAGUUUAUAAUUUUCGUGUACUCACGUUUUACCAGAUAUCCCACAAGCUCAUUGUUUUACCGUCCUCUAUUAGAGGAACAGUCAUCAUAAUGAUCUGAAAAAAGUUGAAAAACUAUAUACACUUAUGUCUCACUGACAACUAUACAUUCUACAGUGGAUUUCUUGAAGCAUACCGGGAGAAACCUUUCUUCAUCCAUCUUUUGGAGAGUGGUUGAUUUUCAUUUUAUUAAUUAUCAACAAUGGCCCAUAAUGUCUCUAUGUUCCUUAUCUUUAUUUACAAGCAAACCUAUUAGGAAACAAAUACAUAAGUAAAAUUUAUGAAAGCCGAUUAUGAAAUAGACUUUAUUUAAUGUACUAUUUUAUUGCGCCUGAGUGUCUGAAUGAAGUCAUUUGAUCGCUGAUGAAUAAGAGUAUUUGCAAAUUUAGAGACACCUUUUACAUGAACUUAAAAGCUUUAUGAUUUUAAAGUACUCCAUACAUCUUUUUGUCAUAAAAUUUAAAUUUGUUUAAAUGUAGCAGAGUUUAUUUUCUCUAUUAUAUUGUUCAGUUUCUCAUUUGUUUCGCCACAAAUAAUAAAAAAUUAUAUCGUUAAAUUCACAAAAGAUUGAUAUUUAUAAUGUCAUUUUACUUUUUGAACUGGCGGAAUUUGUGGUUUUCAUUACAACAAAGCGCGGUAGAGCUUAAAGGAAGUAAGGAAAUCAAAGAAAACAACUCGUACAAGUUCAAACUAGCCUAACCUUUAGAAUAAUGUAUUCGACAGAACAUGAAACGGAUUAAAUUAUUUGGAACUUUCCCUGUGACGAUCAUUUUUAUCAUUCUAGUGAGUAGAAUUAAAUGUCAGCAGGUCAUAGACAGUCAACUAAAGUCCAACAGUAAUCAGUCGCUAGUUGACAAUAAUUCAAAGGCAAACCCGAACGCUCCAUCGUUUUCAGAAAGCUUGGGUUAUGGAUUUCUUUGUGUCACUCUAACUAAUUUAUGUGCGCUUGUAGGAAUUAUAUUUACGUUUCUGAAAAAAUAUAGUUUCUUCCCAACAAUACUGUCAUUUAUGGUGGCUACUGCUGUUGGUUCAUUAUUAUCAACUUCCAUUAUUGUACUUAUACCUGAGGCACUACAAAUUAUUCAUCCAGCAGGUAAUAACAGUACACAAGGUUCCAACUCGUAUGUCAUUAAGUCGAUUGCCGUAUGUAUUGGUGUAUUUUUUUUUUAUAUUUUGGAAUUCCUCCUACGUCUUUUUCCACAGUGUUUUCUGAAAAAGAAGACACAUCCGAAUGAUAAAAGUCAAAAUGGAUUUCAUGUAGAUCAAUUUAAUCAUCAUCAUCAUCACCAUCAACAUUGUCAUCAACAAGGAAGACCUUCACUGGUAAUACCUGUCGAAACCGUAGUAGACGGUGAUAAAGAUGGGCCUAUUUUCGAGUUCACACCUAACCGUUCUGAUCAGUCGAAAACAACGAACAGGUCUCUGGUAGAUGGUGAGACAGAUUUACGAUGUGAAUCGCCUCCAACUGAAGACGCAAUGAAUCAUCUGCCUUCAUACGAGGAACUUUCUACGGAACUUCAAAAACCUGUUAAUAAUGAACAAAUAAAUACACAACCAAUAAUCCAGUCAACCCAUACACUGAAAAAGCAUAAAAGUUGGCAACAUAGACUACGUGAUUUAGAACCUGUUGCUUGGAUGAUUUUUAUCGGUGAUGGUGCCCAUAAUUUUAUGGAUGGACUUUCAAUAGGCGUUGGAUUUACUCAAAGUAUCGGUUUAGGAAUAAGUUUAACAUUGGCUGUUUUAUGUGAAGAACUUCCACAUGAAUUAGGUGAUAUUGCUGUACUUCUACGUUCUGGACUAACUGUACCAAUGGCUAUGUUAUUUAAUUUUGUUUCUGCGUGUACAGCUUAUAUAGGAUUGUUUAUUGGUUUAUCUGUUGGUGAUCUAAAUGAUGUAGCGCCAUAUGUGUUUGCUUUAACCGGUGGCUUCUUUAUGUAUAUUGCUCUUGCAGAUAUGCUUCCAGAAAUGCGUGCUAUGGAAGAUGCAAAACGAUUAGAGAAUGGUAAUUGUUGGGCAAUGUUUUUCACCAAUCUUAUUGGUCUCCUAUUCGGUUUUGGAUGUAUUGUUACGAUUUCAUUGACUAGUGAAUAUAUUAAUAUAUAAUUAUCAUUAUUAUUACUAUUAUUCUUUCGUAACUUAUCAAGUAUAAUCAAACAAUAAACUAAGAAUUUGUCAAUUCAAUGAUUUUUUUAUUGUGAUUUAAUUUUUUUUACUUACUCUUUUCUCUUUUUUCGUGUUCUUUAUACUUUCCCGAUUUCUGUUUAUCCUGUAUCUGUCUAUUGAAUCUUUCAUUAUUUUAAAUUUUAAUCUAACUAUAUACAUAAUUGUUUUAAUUCUUUGAAUGUAAAAUCAUUUGUUUGUUUGUGUUUUUUUAUUUAUUCAAAAGAUAUACCCUUUGUUUCCUUCAAAUUGAUUAUAUAGUCUGAAAACUGUCCUUUACUGUUUUGUUCUUCCAUCUUCUUCCAUUGAUUAAUUAAUUAAUUGUCUUGUGUUUUCAUUUAGUGACAAAUAGAAAAAAAGAAACCAUUGGAUAGUUUAUCAGUUUUACUUUAAAAAUCACAAUUAUCCAUUUUUAUUCAGUAACUUUUCACCUAUAUAUAUUUUUUUAUGAUCAAUAAAAAGAACCUGUUUUUUUGAGUAUAUCAGAAGUUCAUUCUUUAUUGUGUUUUGAUUACAAUAUGCUUAAACACUUAGAUAAAUAAAUAAACACGUAAAUAUUAUAUAUCUUCUUUUUUCUAGUCAAUUUAUUCUUGUAUCAUCUUCCAAUCCGUUAUUAUGUUUGUCCUUCUUAUUAUCAUUGAAAUUGCUAUUAUUAAACAUUCUAUGAAUAUUCAUCCAUGAUUUACAAAAUAGUUAAGUACCAUAGCCUGUAAAUGAAUUAAAAAUAGAUCCAUUCAAAUCUGUUAGGAGAAUACUGGGAUUGAUUAUUGUAGUGAUUUAUUUUGAGUACUGACAUUAGAAACAUUUCAUCAAAUAGUUGUUCUUUAAUUUCUUGUUUAUUCUCUGUGGACUAGGUUAUCUUCAAUCAUGCAUAGAUCGCCUUAUAUAUAUAUAUAUAUAUAUAUAUAUAUAUAUAUAUAUAUAUAUAUAUAAUUUUGUAUUUGCUCACUGUGAAUAUAUUGAUUAUUAUUACUCUAUGAAUGUUAUCUGUAUUUUGUUUUUUAAUGAACUUUCACCCCUAUUCUGUAUUUCUUUCCUCUGUAAUUGUUUUUAAAAAAAUCUUUUUAUUUGUAUCUUUGCUAUUAUUAUUGUUAUUAUCAUUAUUAAUAUAAUUGCUGUCAAUACGAUAAAACUGAUAUUACCACUGUUUUAUAAUUAUUAUCAUUAUAAGUAAUAUUAUUUAUACACUGGUAUUUUGUUAUAUAAGUUACUUGGCAAACGGUAUUUGAAUGGAAACAAAUGAGUAGUAUUUUUUUGAAUCAUAUAUAUAUAUAUAUAUAUAU